GUGCUGGUGCUGGUGCUGGUGCUGGUGCUGGUGCUGGUGCUGGUGCUGGUGCUGGUGCUGGUGCUGCUGGGGUGGCGGUGGCGCCAACAGCUGUUGCUGCGGUGAAGGCCGCUGUGACGUCCCCACCCACCGCCGCCGCUGCCGCCACCGCUACGGUGACGACGGUGACGGCCACUGCGUCAGCGGAUCAGCUGCUUGGGUGGUUGACGGGAGUACGGCAGCUGCAGGACUCCUCCGACGGCCUGCUGCCCUCGGGCCUGGAGUCCCAGCUGGCCAUUUACGUCUACCGAGUGCUCGUGCGGCUGGUUGGGGAGGCGCAGUUGAGGGCGGCGACGGGAGGGACCGCAGCGGCGCACAUGCGUGCAUCGAGCAGCAGCGGAAACGGCGACACUGCGUCUGCACAAGCAGCGACAGCCGCCGAGGCCACAGCAUCAGGGGCCGCAGCAGCGGCGGCUGUUGCAAUUGCGGCUGCUGCCAACAGCUCCGCUGGAGGCGCCACCGGGUUGGGCAGCAGCCCCGAGGCACCGGCACCUCCCCACCCCUCCUUCCGAGCCUCCAUGACGGUAUUCGCCAUGCCAGGCCGGACCUCCUCUCCGCCCGCCUCCGCCAUGUUUCCUCCGCCGCCGCCACCGCCGCCCUCACCGCUGCCCGUGCCGCUGCUGCCGCCUCCCCUCCUGGGGCAGCUGGAGGUGUCGCUGGGGCGGCUGCUGCGGCGGAUACGUGGGUCACUGCCGGGGCCGCCGGUGCAGCAGACUGGUGGGCUGCCGUCGGUGGCGGAGGAGGAGGGCGGCAGGGCCGACCCGGGCAGCAGCAGCGGAGGUGCUACUGGCGCUGCUGCUGCCGAUGCUGCAGCUGCUGCUACCGCUGCUUCGGAUGAGGCUCGGGGCGUUGGCGCGGGGCUACCUCCGGCGGUGGCGGCUGCAGUGUUGUCGGCGGUGGUGCACAGACCUGGAGGCUGUGGCGGCGGCUUGGGUCCUGACAGCGUCGCGGCCUCCCUCCUCCGCUUCCUCGUUGUCCAUGCAACCCGACUGGGCCUGCUAUCCGAGUCCGAGCCCCCGGAAGUCCCCCCACCGCCCCCGCCGCCGCCGCCACCGCCGCCCCUAGCAUCACCGCACCCUGCCGUACCACCCCAGCCGCAGCAGCCGCAGUCCCAGCCCCAGCUCUCACGCAAUUCCCCGCCGCAGCAGCCGCAGUCACCACCCCAGCGGCAAUUCAGCUCCGAACACAACUCCCCCGCCGCCGCCGCGGGUACCGCUUCCGUGCGAAGACAGGCCAUGCCAGAGACCUCUGGCGGCUCCCUCCUCCGCGCGCUGCCGCCGGGCUACGUGCGCUACUGGGGAAGCGACGGCGCCGCCAGUCGUACCGGUUGCCGUUCUCCCGGCAGCACCGGCAGCGGCGGCGGCGGCGGCCCCGGCGGUAGCUUGCUUGACGUCGCCGCCGGCGGCCGUUUCAACAGCUGCACCUCCCUGGGGUCAACUACCUCCGCACCGCUCGUGUACCGCACCCUGCCGCCGCGUGUGAACCCCUCCCCCUCCGCCGCUAGGGCGGGCAGCCCCCGGGAGACGCUGCCCCCCUGGCCGCUGCAGCGAGCUUUCCUGCCGCCGCACCCCACCAGCGUGACCUCAGUGGUGGCGGCGACGGCGUCGGCGGUUUGGAGUGCGGGCGGUGUCGUUGGCGGCGGCGGCGGCGGCGGUGGUGGCGGUGUGAAUGCGGGCGGUCGGCGGUUAAGUGUGGACUGCAGUGGUCUGGUGGUGGGUGGUGGGGUGUCUCCAUGCGCGUCACCCCACACCUGGGGGCUCGGCUCACCUGCGUCCUCGCCUGGCUUGCACAGCCACCAUCACCACAAUCACCACCACAACCACCAGCAGCAGCAUUCGCAAGUUUCACCUUACUUGCAGCAGCCGCAGCACCAGCACCACCAUCAGCAGCACCACCACCAUCAGCAGCAUCACGCCGGCUCGGAAGGCGGCGGCGGCGCCAACCCCAGGGUCGGCAGCAGUGGCGGCAGUGGCAGCGGGCAGGGGCUGCUGCCGCCGGCACGCCUUCGCGCGCUGGGGUCUAGCGGAGGAGGUGGUAGCGGCGGGGGUGGUGCUUCUGGAGGGGGGCCAGAGGAGGUCGUGACGCGGCUGCCUGCCUUGCAGAUCAGGACUCCCAGCAACACGCGCACCGGUGACGGCGAUAUGGCCUCUCCAAGCCUCUCCGUCCUGAGCCACCGUAGAUCCACCGGGCUCGGCAGCGCCUCCCCCGCACCACAACCCAGCAGCAGCCGGGUUGCGACACCCUCCUCCUGCGCCACGGCAAUCCUACCCGCGGUAGCCGGCGUGGCUGCUCCUGCUGCUGCAGCUCCUCCUGCCGUCUCGUCAACAACCAUGCCACAGGGGGCUGAUGCCCCGUCAGCUCCUCCUGCCGCAGCUGUAGCCGAGCACCCCGGGCCAGCGGCAGCAGCUCUCACAGUCGCCAGCAACUCGCCUGGUCGGGGACGCAUGGGCGGGGAGGGCGCUGGGGGCGCUGCGGCUGCUCCUGGGGGCGGCGGCGGUUCAAGUCGCGGCACAUCGACGGCUGCUGCUGCUGCUGCCGCUGCCACGGCGGCGGAUGGCGGUUCUGCAUUGUCGUCGUCCUCCUCCUUCUCCGCACCUGCUGCGGCUGCAGAUGUGCUGCUGGCAGUUCUGCUGGCGGAGGUUCUUCGCUGGCUGGAGGCGCCAGUGGAGGCGGCGGAGGAAGCCGAGGCAGUCACGGCGCAGAAACCGGCUGCUGGGGCUGCUGGGGCUGCUGGCGGUGCCUGGGGCGGAGGCGUGUGGAGGUCCUGGCUGGCGGUCCAACGGGCCCGACUGGAGGGGCACCUAGCACGACUGACCGCAUCACAGCAGCAGCAGCAACAGCCGGCGUCGCCUCCUGCCCCGCAGCAGCAGCAACAGGAAGAGCAGCAGUCAAAGCAGUUGCAAGAGCCGCCGCAGCAGCAGCAGCCCCAGCAGCAGCAGAGGCGGGCAAGGAUUCCGCCACAGCUGCUGCGGCGGCGGGAAACAGACCCUGGGCUGACGUUUCUGCUGACACAGCAAGCUAGCGUGAGUGGCUUGUAUUAGGUUGCAGGAGCUGUGCGGUGUUACGGCUGGUAAGGUGUUUUGGAGGCUUGCGGGUGUUGUCGGGUUUGCGGGGAGGGUGGAUGCGCUCCCGGGCAUACACACAUCUUUCAGCCGGUGACGUGCGGUUGUUAGGGAUGUUGUGUUGAACGUUAUAAGAUGUGUUGAAUGCUGAAGGAUUCGACAUUGCCGGUAGGUGUUGUACAUAUAUGUGGUGAUUUCUUUUCCUUAUGUGCUUAUGCCUGUGUCCAUGAUGUGAUGGUGGUGGGAUACACAUAGAGUUUCUACAGCGGUGCAAAUGCGUGGCGGGAAGGGAAGGAUUAUUGCAUGAAGGUCUGACUGUGCACUGGAGGUGGUGGAGGCGUGGUGGGGAGGGGCGACGAAAUGUCGCUUUGGUAGAGUAUGUGGGAUUAGGUGCCGCAGCCAUUAGCCUGCAGUGGGGAGGCCAUCUUGCACCUUGUUAUUGCUUACUUGCCUUGGACCUACAUAAGAAAAGAUCUAGGAAUAUGAGGCAGGGUGCGAUGCAUUGUAUCACUGUACAUUGUACUGGGUGGUGUUAGAUAGUAGGAGGGAUGGAGCAAAGGAUUUGGAGCCGCAUGUGGCCCAAUGGUCACGCGAACUGUUGCCAGCUGUGCGAGAGAGCUCGCGAGGCGUUCUUUCCUAGUUACGGACGUUACAGUGUCACUUUUGCGUAUUUUAGCGCCCUUUGGCCGCGCAGUGUUGCGCUACGUGUGUUGCACGGGAUGAUGGCCGUUACCUGCACGCCUUGCCUUUGUCGACCUGCAAAAAUGACCCCACGUGGAGGAGAUUUAUGCGUGGAGAUCGGUUUGUUGCUCGUAUGACAAACCCUCAAACCGUU